AUGUUUCAGCUUUAUUCAGUAAAUCUUCCAUUUCCGAAUCUGAUGUUUAAUUCAUUAAGUGAUGAAUAUAUUGUCGGAGAAAUAGAUUAUGCUUCUGGUACCUCCAGUGAAUUAGCAAAGGACAAAGUCGUAGAAGUUUUAAUUAAUGAUAUUCAACCAGAUGCAUUUCGG